CUUUUUAAUUCGUUGAAUUUCAAAACAAUAAUUUUGACUUUUGAACUAUCAAACCAUAUCGUGAAAUGUUUUGGAUUUGAAUUGUUGUUAUCAAACAAUCCAGACAGCCAGUAUUUUAGAACCUUCACGAUUGAAAGAAGCGAUAACUGCCACAAACGUCUGAUGAUGACGAAAAAAAAACAAACUUUAUCACACCUGUCAAUGAUAAUAAUUAUGAGAUUUACAUUACUGACAAUAUGUUGAUUGCAAAUUCGGCUAUAAAAGCUCAAAACCGAAAAUCAACUAGCAUCAGUUGAAUUUCUAACAAAAUGAAGGUUGUAUUAGCUUUGGCAUUGCUUGUUGCAACAGCAACAGCUGGAACUAUUCCAAGUGGUGGUCGUAUCACCAACGGUGAUGUUGCUUCUCCAGGACAAUUCCCAUACCAAACGGGUCUUUCCUUGGAGAUGGAUGGCGGCAAUGCAUGGUGUGGUGGUACUUUGAUUUCAAAUCAAUGGAUUGUCACAGCUGCGCAUUGCACAGUUGAUGCCAAAGCAGUCACAGUCUAUCUGGGUGCCACCAACAUCAAGGAUGAUAACGAACCUGGCCAACUACGUGUGUAUGUUCCAGGAUCAGGAAUCUUUACUCAUGAGAAAUACAAUGGUUUGACCAUUACCAAUGACAUUGCCUUGAUCAAAUUGCCCGCUCCAAUUGAAUUCAAUGAAUUGAUCCAACCAGCUUCAUUGCCAAAGAAGAGCGAACAAUACUCAACCUAUGUCGGUGAUAAGGUUGUUGCUUCAGGAUGGGGCAAGGACAGUGAUUCUGCCACAUCAGUUUCUCCAGUCUUGAACUACAUUGACACAACUGUCAUCAGCUCAAAGACCUGUAACCUCUACUACCUUGGCAUGAUCACACCAAACAUGAUCUGUAUUUCUGGAAAGAAUGGACGGUCAACAUGCAACGGUGAUUCUGGUGGCCCAUUGGUUUUACCAGAAAAUGGUGAAAAUGUCUUGAUCGGUUCUACCUCAUUCGGUAUCUCUUUGGGUUGUGAAGUCGGUUGGCCAGGUGUAUUCACUCGUACCACUUCUUAUUUGGACUGGAUUGAAUCCAAAACUGGACCAAUCAAUAACUAAGAAUCUGAUAGAAAUACUAUCAACUCAGCUUUUAUUUAAUAAAAAACUG